CAGGCCGCGCGACCGGAAACAGUAGCGACCCCGGAAGUCCGCGCGGAUACAGCUGGUCCCUAACACCUCGUCCCCUGCGCCGCCCCGAGGGGUGUGCUGCCCGGCUGGCCAUGGACGAUACCCUGUUCCAGUUGAAGUUUACAGCAAAGCAGCUGGAGAAACUGGCCAAGAAGGCAGAGAAGGACUCCAAGGCUGAGCAGGCCAAAGUGAAGAAGGCCCUUCAGCAGAAAAAUGUGGAGUGUGCACGUGUGUAUGCUGAAAACGCUAUCCGCAAGAAGAAUGAAGGUGUAAACUGGCUCCGGAUGGCAUCCCGUGUAGAUGCAGUGGCCUCCAAGGUGCAGACAGCUGUGACCAUGAAGGGGGUGACCAAGAAUAUGGCACAGGUGACCAAAGCUCUGGACAAGGCCCUGAGUGCCAUGGAUCUUCAGAAAGUGUCUGCAGUGAUGGACAGGUUUGAGCAGCAGGUGCAGAACCUGGAUGUGCACACAUCGGUAAUGGAGGAUUCUGUGAGCUCUGCCACUACGCUGACCACACCUCAGGAGCAGGUCGACAGCCUCAUUGUUCAGAUUGCUGAGGAAAAUGGCCUGGAGGUCCUAGACCAACUCAGCCAGCUUCCAGAGGGAGCCUCUGCUGUGGGCGAAAGCUCUGUGCGCAGCCAAGAGGACCAGCUGUCUCGGAGGUUGGCUGCCCUGAGGAAUUAGCACGUCCUUGGCAGGUGCUGCCUCCUUUGCCCUGAGAUGUUCUGGAGGCUUCUGCCCGACUGCGCUCCACUUUCUCCAACCCUUCAUAGCUGCCUUGCCUCUUCUCCAACCUGUCAGGCUGGCGCCUUAGAACUGAGCCUUAGGUUGGGCAGCAGGUCUCUGUCCUGGUGUUGAAUUUGCACAAGUGUGUGGGGACUUACAUGAGUGUGGCCACAGCUGGAGGGUGGCAGGCUUUCUGUUGUCCUCUGCCUAUGUGGAGUUGACAGGGUUUGGCCUGCAGCUGUGUAUGGACUUUGGGGCCUUCAGAUUCCAGUGACUGCACACCUGCUAUGUGCUAUGGUCAGUGAGGGUCAGAGUCAUUUUUUCCUUUGCCAGGUAACUCUUGGGAGCCUCUCCCCCUUCCUCUGCAGACAAGAAAUCCCAUUGUGUGAGCCCUUAGGUUCCUAUGGACUUUGUAUACCAAGGUGUCCCGUGCCACCAGCACUGACCUGGGGCCUUUACAAGUGGUUGUCCUCCAUCUUCCCAGGGAUGCUGCCUGACUGAGUCUACAUGGGCUUUCUGUCCCUCAGCUCCCUUCCUCAGCCCACAGGAACAGAACUACCAUCCAAUUUCAAGUUCAGGUCCUUCCUAAGAGAUUCUUAACACCGUACUCUUCAGCUGCCUCUGGAAGAACUUGGCUGGGGCUGAGCUGUCUGCCUGAUACUGACAGAACCCUAGUAUCAGCCUCCCAGGUCUUCUUAGAGCUGCUCAUUCUUGAGUGACUGGCUCUCUUGCCCUUUUAGACAAAGUCUGCUGCUUCUGCCUUCCCUAAGGGAGAGCCAGGGUGGCUAACAAAGGUAGCCUGGGUCAAUCACUCUUGGCUGCUGGCAGCAAUCUCUUCCAUCCUUCCGAAGUGAGGAAGCCAGCAGCAAGCAGGUCGUGUGGCUGACUGGGUAGCCUGGAGACUGUACAGGCUGCUGUUUUAUUUUCUGUCUCCUGAAGUUUACUCAUGUUCUUAAAACUCUUGGUGAUUUUGUUCUUUUGCCAAAGUAGAAAGCACAGCGGAUGGAGUGUGUUUGUCCCAGCCCUGUCUGUAGGCUGAACAGUGCAGCGCUGCCCACAGGUUUACAUGCAAGCUUAAAGACUACCUGUGUUUGGUUUCUUCUGUUCUGCACUCUGGAGCCCUGGUUAUUCCACAUUAUGAGUUGAUAUUGGUGGGCGUUGGAAUUGUUGCCCUGGAUGUGGGGACCAAGGUACAAUCUAAGCAUGGGCCCCCGCAAGGCUUCCUGAAAUCAACUAAUAUGUUAGGUGUUGAGAGUAGCUGCAGUCUCAGGGGACAGCCUGUGAGGUCCCUGGGUCCUGGAGGAUGCAGGAUUUGUGGAACAGUAGUAGGGAUGGGGAGCUGGGCUGGGUUCAUCAAAAUGGGCAUGUCUGCCUUUACAGUGCUGUCGUAAGUAAAUAAAGGGAUUGGUGAAGUA